CCUAACGUUUUGAUAUUGCUAUGAAAUUUUGAAAUUACUAAGGGAAAUAGAAUGUUACACUGAAAACAGCUGUAUUCAGGAAAGUUACGUGGUUGCGUAGGUAACUGAAAUUUGAGUAUUCUAGUCAUGUUUAUGUUAAAUGAAUCCAAUUAAUAGAAGUUGUAGCUUAAUCAUCUACAAUGAGUGUUCCAAAACUACAAUCAGAAACGUUUGGGACAGAAAGGAAAUCGGAAUUGGAGCCUCUGGACCCUUUAUUGGAGGUAAAUGAAAAUGUAGCGAGUGAGAUAUUAGAUGAACCAGAUAAAGAAGAAGAAUUCGAUGAAAUAUCUCCUAAAGUGUUUAGUUUGAAAGAUGUGAAUGAACCUUUAACAUUAGAAACGUUGAACAACACCAUCUAUGAGCUCGGUGUGAUAAACUUAUGCUGGCCGGAUAUAGUCGAACCAGUGUUCGAGACGAGAACUAAAUUUCCAGAAAGCUACUACACGAACAGUCCAAAAGAACGCUUACUACUUGCUUAUGCGGAAUGUUUUAGGCGACAGUUCUUAUUUCAUUUUAAACCUCGGAAACCUUUGUUGCUACAAGCGCCAAACGAAUGUGGAUUACAGAAAAUGGUGUGCACCUCUAUACGUCCAACGAAGCUCUGCUAUUCUGACACGUCUACCUGGCAGGGGCUGGCUUCUUUAGUCGCAGAUUACUUCGAUUACGAAGCGCUUAGCAAGCCGAUGUUGCACCCGGAAAGAAUAAUGUCGCCGUACACGGUGAUCAUCAGACGCAGUGGGAACCCCUUCGAGCUAGCUCACGUGUUGGUGUCGUGGCUAAUAGGAGCUGGAUAUGACGCAUACGUGGUCGUCGGCUGUGCCACCAGAGACACUUGCAUGGCUAUAAAGUACAGGAGCAUUUGUGCUGACAUCCCUGAUGAGAGCGAGAAAAAAGAAGAAAUUCCACCACCUGACGAAGAGCCCAGAUAUCGCCUGGUGCCCCUACCGGAUCUCACUUCUAAGUACUGCCGUGAUAUGGACAAGAAAGCCGAUGAUAAGAAACAAGCUGAACUGAACAAGACCGAGAAAGAGCGACUUCGUAAAAUUGCUGAUUUGGAAAAAGCCCCGGCUGACGCUAUUAACGGGUGGAGAACUCACGCCUGGGUCCUCGUGCUGCCGGGAUACAUGGGAAUCGACGAACCUUUCUUCAUAGAGCCGAGCGAAGGCGAAGGUCAUCUCCUCGACUCAGAAAAAUACCAAUUCAUAGACAGCGUGUACAAUCACGAAAACUACUAUGCAAACGUCCAAAGCACAGACAUUGGGUUGGACAGCCUGAAUUAUGAUCUGAGCGACCUCUCAGCGUGGGAGCAUCUUCUGGCCGGCGAGCCCCACCAUCGGAGGCAGAUGGUCGGCAUUGACAUCGCCGACAAGAAGACAGCUGUGCAAACAGAGAAGCAUCUGGAUAUGCCAGUCAGCUGGGUUGAGAAACUGGAGAUUAGUACUGAUGAGUACGGUCAAAGAUAUCCGGGCAGCCACAAAGUGAUACACUACAAGAAAGUUUUACUGGAUAAGUUCUCGCCCUACUCCGAGAGGGAUGGUGUAGUGAAGAGGAUCAGAACGUUUGAGGACUACGCUUUGACCGUCCCGCUGAUCACGUACGAGUGGUACAAGCAUCGCGUCGACAAAAUGGAAACCGUUCGAAUAGAUCACACGAAGCGUGAGAUACGCGAGACGUUCGGUAUCGGAAGGAGGGAUCAUUUACUCAAGCACGUGUACUCCAUGGACGCGCUGGUCGGCUCUGUGGAGGCAGUCAGGACCAUGGAGUUCAAUUACUACGCCCGACUUGACCACCUCACGAGGCUGGUCUGCACUACCCUUACAUUCGAUGAAUAUUAUUCGAACAGAAGCGACAGAUUAGAAUCAAGAUUAGUAAUAUAUACAGAAGGAACGAAAGAAACUAAACGUCAAAUAAAGGACGUAACUGAGACGUACAGCAGAAACCAUGAGAUCCCAUCAAAGCAAGACGUCUGGAAGAAGAUCUUCCACCUCCAGGACAAUACUAUAGAACUGCUGUACCAAUACGCGUACAAUUACGUAACUAACAACACAAGGAGCUAUAUAAAACCUAACUUGGCUGAGACCGGCGGGAAAAUCUUGUUCUAUCCCGACAAAACCUCCGGGUAUAUCGCCGACCCGAACGCUAAACAACCCCGCGACUUGGAAGUGUAUUACGCCCUCUGCGAAAACAUGGAAUGGGAGCACGCGACCACGAAGCAGAUACGCGACAGAGAGACCGACGUCAAUGGAUAUCUGCGGCAGAGACACAAGGAGCUCACCGAACCGAUGCUGGCCGUCGCGCUCUUCGAUACCGAGAAGAACGAGGCCGCCAAGAAAGGCUGGAAGGAGCAGGAAGCAAAAAAAGCCGAAGUGACCGAACGAGAAAAGGAAGCUGAAAUCGAUCCGUUAGCUCCGUACCUGGCUCGGAUGUUCGGCUCGGGGCACGGCUCCGGGAAUCCGCUCACUGUCAAAGAAGCCACUCUAAUCAGGGAACAGUGCAUCAACGAUUUCAAAUCCAAGCAAUUGGCCCGACAGAUGCUCGUCCAGGAGAGGUUCGAAAAGUUGAACAACGAAUACAAAAACAAGAGACUGUGGUACUUAGCGAACCAAUUCAUUCUGACACCCGAGAAAGAGAGUAACUACUUCACUAUGAGUGCGGAAUUAGCAUUCCAAGUACACACACUAGAGGUGCGAUUGACAAGGCAUCAAGAUUUGUCAGGUCCAAGAUAUAAAAUCCUCCUAGAGUAUCUUGACAAACAUCCAUUACUGAAGGAAUAUAAUCGUUCAAAGAAUUAUUAUGGCAUAAAAUAGUAUUACGUUCAUCUUCAAAUUUAUUUUUGGGUUGGUAUAUUUUCUUAAAAAGGGCCCGUGUGGACAUACUGGCAAAUUGUAGUCAAGCGCGGUAUUAAAAAAGCGUAUUAAAAAUAAAAGAAAGUUUCACAGCCCUAUUAGGGCCGUUUAAUUUUGAAUUUCGAGUUUACAAGAAGACUAAUUUUUAUUUUCAAAUAUGUAGGUACUUAAUGUACGAUUUUGUUUUUUGGUGAAAUAAAUAAAAUUUAUUACGGUGUUAA